AGUUUUAUAAAUUAGUAGGACUAUAAUCACUAAUCCACCCCCUCUCCCUCUCCCUCUCACACUAACCAAUUCCAUUGCUCAUAAUUCGGAAUCAACCCCUUUCCCCAAAUUCCAUAAUCCCAGCUGCAACCACGAUUUAUGCUUUAGACCUCAAAUCGAACUGCCUUAGCCAUGGCGUUCGAUUGCAACAACAAUCACCGGAAACCACUAUUGUUUUCGGAUUUAUUCAAAAACCACCAAAACGACAAGGACCAGCACGGCGCGGCUUCCGCCUCUGCCUCCACCUCAAGUUCGAAUCAGUUCCUAUCGUCGUGGGAUUCCUCCUCCUCCGGCUUCAGCACGCCGCUCCGCUCCGAUUUCGGCUCGUCAGAGGGGGAUGACGCCGAUUUCAUCGCCGAUUUGACUCGUCAGAUGGCCGAGUGUAUGCUCGACGAUGAAGAAACCGCCGCCGCCGAUACUGUUUCUGAGGCGAGUAGCUACGAUAACUUGGACGCCGUUAAUAACGAGUCGUACUCGAGUUGUGUCCGCAUCGACGGAUCGUCUCAGGCUAGUAUGAAGGUUUAUGAGUUGAAGAAUCAGCCGCAGCGUUCACCUCGGGGAAGACGAGUGAGGCGAAGCGAGUCAGCUCAGCAGAAAACAGAGCAGCAAUUUAAGCAAUACAGAGAAUGGGGUGGACCUGUGAUAAAUGGUUAUUCCGGGUCGGGUAUGCAGGCGGUUUUUCUCGGCGGAUCCGGGCCCAGAAUCGGGUCUAGUGGAACCGGAGUUUUCCUGCCCCGUCAUCCGACUGAACCAAAAACCAAAUCAGGUUGUUCUAUGGUGUUAAUGCCAACACGAGUGCUUCAAGUGCUUGAGAAACAUUUCAGCAAAAUGCAACAAGAUUCCAAUGCUCCACCACCACACAGUGGUGGGUCCCCCAAAGAUUUUCUGGAGAUUUGGAAGUCCGAUUUACAUGUAAUGCAUACCAUUCUCUUCUUCUUCGAAAGAGCUUCGCGUGGAUAUCUUAAACGUCUCAAUCGGAGUUCGGUAGAAGAAGUUAUGGCCGUUUUACCAAGACUGCGCAGAGUAGUGACAUAGCUGGUGACCCGCCAGGUUCGCAUGCAAACGAACCUGGCGACCCCCCAGCAAAAGACGAGAAAAAUGCAGUAAGCAGUUGGCGACUCUCCAGCUUCAACGCACACCCAACCUGGCGACCCGCCAGCUUCGUCCGACAGUUUAUUUCGGACCCAAAGUCAACCCUAGGUAUAUAUAUGCCUAGGAAACGCCUCCAAACACAACUUACACGCCUCCUACCCCAAAAAUACCACUUUUUCACCUAGGAAGAAGAGAAGAACGAGCAGAGGACGAGUAUUCAUCGUAAGAUUGAAGACGAGACUCCAAUCCGCCCAAUCCGAUUCUAGGAUUUCCUACCUUUAACUUUAUUUUUGUUCA